UGGCGCCCCCACGUCACGUAGGCUGAUCAGACAGCGGAAGCGGAAAGGCCUCACUCGCGAGACCUGCUGCCCGGACUCCCGGAAGCUCCACGUCAGUGAGAGGCAGCACCACCGUACAGGGGGAACCGGAGAGAUGCCUCUGCGACUUGACAUAAAGAGGAAGCUGACCGCUCGGUCUGACAGAGUGAAAAGUGUUGAUUUACACCCCACGGAACCAUGGAUGCUGGCGAGUCUUUACAAUGGCAGCGUAUGUGUAUGGAAUCACGACACCCAGACACUGGUGAAAACUUUUGAAGUAUGUGAUCUGCCUGUCAGAGCUGCAAAGUUUGUAGCAAGGAAAAACUGGGUCGUCUCAGGAGCAGAUGAUAUGCAGAUUAGAGUGUUUAACUACAACACCUUGGAGAGGGUUCACAUGUUCGAGGCUCACUCUGAUUAUAUCCGCUGCAUUGCUGUGCAUCCUACUCAACCUUACAUCCUGACCAGCAGUGAUGACAUGCUGAUUAAGCUUUGGGACUGGGAUAAGAAAUGGUCCUGUUCCCAGGUGUUUGAGGGCCACACGCAUUAUGUCAUGCAGAUUGUCAUCAAUCCAAAGGACAACAACCAGUUUGCAAGUGCAUCACUUGACCGUACCAUAAAGGUUUGGCAGCUCGGUUCCUCCUCCCCCAACUUCACACUGGAGGGGCAUGAGAAAGGGGUUAAUUGCAUUGAUUAUUACAGCGGAGGUGACAAACCCUACCUCAUCUCUGGAGCUGAUGACAGACUUGUGAAGAUUUGGGACUACCAGAACAAAACCUGUGUUCAGACUCUGGAAGGCCACGCUCAGAAUGUUUCCUGUGUCAGCUUCCACCCUGAGCUCCCCAUUAUCAUCACCGGCUCAGAAGACGGCACCGUGAGAAUCUGGCAUUCUAGUACAUACCGUCUGGAGAGUACUCUGAAUUAUGGUAUGGAACGGGUCUGGUGCGUGUCUGGCCUCCGAGGCUCCAACAAUGUGGCACUAGGGUAUGAUGAGGGCAGCAUCAUUGUUAAGUUGGGUCGUGAGGAGCCAGCAAUGUCCAUGGAUGCAAAUGGAAAGAUCAUCUGGGCCAAGCACUCCGAGGUGCAGCAGGCCAACCUUAAAGCCAUGGGAGAAACUGAGAUUAAAGACGGAGAGAGGCUCCCUCUAGCUGUGAAGGACAUGGGCAGCUGUGAAAUCUAUCCCCAGACCAUCCAACACAACCCAAAUGGGAGGUUUGUAGUGGUGUGUGGAGAUGGAGAAUACAUCAUCUACACAGCCAUGGCGCUGAGGAACAAGAGCUUUGGAUCUGCACAGGAGUUUGUGUGGGCCCACGAUUCCUCUGAAUACGCAAUCCGUGAAAGCAACAGUGUAGUGAAGAUUUUCAAAAAUUUCAAGGAGAAGAAGAGUUUCAAACCAGACUUCGGUGCAGAAGGUAUCUAUGGGGGUUUUCUGCUUGGUGUCCGGUCUGUUAACGGUUUGGCCUUCUAUGACUGGGAGAACACGGAACUAAUCCGGAGGAUAGAAAUUCAGCCUAAACACAUCUUCUGGUCUGACUCGGGAGAACUGGUCUGCAUCGCUACAGAGGAAUCUUUCUUCAUACUCAAAUACAUGUCUGAGAAAGUAGCUACUGCCCAAGAAACACAUGAAGGAGUCUCUGAGGACGGCAUAGAGGUUGCUUUUGAGGUGCUUGGUGAAAUUCAGGAGAUAGUGAAGACUGGUCUGUGGGUUGGAGAUUGUUUCAUCUACACCAGCACAGUAAACAGACUGAACUAUUAUGUAGGGGGAGAGAUUGUUACCAUUGCACACUUGGACAGGACCAUGUAUUUGUUGGGCUAUAUUCCUAAAGAUAAUCGCCUGUAUCUGGGAGACAAAGAGCUGAAUAUAGUCAGUUAUUCUUUGCUGGUGUCUGUUCUGGAGUAUCAGACAGCUGUUAUGAGAAGAGAUUUCAGCAUGGCGGACAAAGUGCUUCCCACCAUACCCAAAGAACAGCGAACCCGUGUAGCCCACUUUCUGGAGAAACAGGGCUUCAAACAACAGGCACUGGCUGUGUCUACAGAUCCUGAGCAUCGCUUUGAGCUGGCUCUCCAGCAGGGGGAGCUGAAGAUUGCGCAUCAGCUGGCAGUAGAGGCAGAGUCGGAACAGAAAUGGAAGCAGCUGGCUGAGUUGGCCAUCAGCAAAUGCCAGUUUGGGCUUGCUCAAGAAUGUCUGCACAAUGCCCAAGACUAUGGAGGUCUCCUGCUCUUAGCUACGUCUUCGGGAAACUCCACCAUGGUGAACAAGCUGGCCGAAGGGGCUGAGAGAGAUGGGAAGAACAAUGUGGCUUUUCUGAGCUACUUUUUGCUUGGGAAUCUCGACCAAUGCCUGGAAAUUCUGAUUUCUACUGGUCGGCUACCUGAAGCUGCAUUCUUGGCACGAACCUACCUGCCGAGCCAGGUGUCCCGGGUGGUAAAGCUAUGGAAGGAGAGCCUGUCUAAAAUCAAUCAAAAAGCUGCAGAUUCCUUGGCUGAUCCAACAGAGUAUGAGAAUCUCUUCCCUGGCCUAAAGGAAGCCUUUUUGGGAGAGCAAUUUUUAAAGCAGACCAGCAGUGCACUCCGGCCGGCAAGUGAAUAUCGCCAUGUGACUCCAAAUGAAGAGCGAAACGUCCUGGAUGAAGCAAAAUUAUUUGUGGCAUCUAGUGAACCAGCGGCAGUGGAAGAGGAACAAGAGAGAGAAUUAACGCCACCCCCAGCAGUGCCCGCACCAUCAGCCCCCGCUUCUGUCUCAGCCCCAGUGAUACCAUCUACCAGAAGCACAGAAGAUAAGACUUUCCUGGACCUAGAGGAGGAUUUGGACAACAUGGAAUUAGAUGAUAUUGACACAACAGACAUAAACCUGGAUGAUGAACUCUCUGACUAACAUAGAAUAGUCAGAACUGUAUUUAAGUGACCAAACCAGUUUCCGUCAUCUGUUAUCCAUACUGCAGCUGGCGUUCCAUCGUCCCAGAGAUCAGAUAUCCAGGUUCCGGCUAUGUUAGUGGGGAGCAGGGCCUCUCUUGUACAUUUCCUUGUCAGCUGCUCUCCUCUUUUUUCUGUUAUGUCUGAAUUUUAACACUUGACAAUUGUUCAUUAACUAAAUAAAGGUUAUUGUUAACCUC